GAAGAAGAUUAAUACUGGUUGCUCGUAGCGACAACUGGGCGUCAUAAACAACCUUCUUAUUUCUUUAGUUAGCCUGCCAAGUUCGCGUUUUUUAAAUCACUUCAGAGUAACUUUAGCCUUUUCAACCUUAGAUCACCAGUCGUACGUUUCCAGGUGGGAAGACCAUUUUAUGGAAGUUCCGAUAUUCCUGUGAGUUCAGUUUAGCCUAUGGCAGAGCUGCAUAUUAUUGGCCAGAUCAUAGGAGCCAGCGGAUUUCCUCAGAGCAGUCUCUUUUGCAAGUGGGGGGUCCAUACAGGUGGAGCAUGGAGACUCUUGUCGGGUCUCAGGGAGGGUCAGACCCAGGUAGAUUUCCCACAGACUGGAGAAAUGGCACAUUGGAGUCACCCAAUUGACCUCCAUUAUACCACCAAGGGCCUUCAGGGUUGGCCUAAACUGCAUAUUCAGGUGUGGCACCAGGACUCAUUUGGCCGGUGUGAACUCUACGGUUAUGGAUACUGCCAUAUACCAUCCAGCCCAGGCCACCACCGCUUGCAGUGUGCAACAUGGCGCCCCCUAGGAUCCUGGCAGGAACAGCUGGCCCAGAUGUUUGUCGGUGGUGGACCACAGCUGCGAUCGCCGGACCUCAUUUAUAGUGGUGCAGACCGAUACCGUCUUCACACGGUAGCGAUGGGUGUCGUAGAGGUGGAACUGGGUAUCAUUUUGCGUCAUUUCGACAGAUACGGCAUUGAAAGCUGAGAACAUGGUCUAUGUGGAUGCCAUGCCGAGAAGACAUUCCACCACCACGGAGACGGAUAAUAUUGGUCGUGAAGAUUAAUUAAAAUACAAGAAUGCCUUUGGGCAGCAUGUAUUAUGACUAACCCUAGAGGGUUAUAUAAUAUCUGAAACACAAAUGCUCAGUUUAAAGAGUCAUGGUACUGCAAAGGUGCUUGGCUACUUUCCUUAAGUAACAUCCAGGGGCCCUACAGAGAUAUUUGUAAGCCAUUUAUGCCUUUUUGUCACGACUGAUCAUGUUUUUAUGUAAACUUUGUAUAACCUGAGAACUUUUAAGAUGUAUAACCUGUUAAAAGUAUAGAGACAAAUUUCUACAGCAUUGUUUUAUUGUGUUUUUAAAUGCUAAAUGUUUAUGUAAUAAAAGUGUUUAAGAGCCCAA